AUGAUAUCACGGUCCGGACUCUUAGUACUACGCCAAGUGCGGACGCAACUACGAACAAGAGCAGGACCUACACCUGUUGCUUCGAUUUCCGCUCUCGCUCGAUUACUCUCUUCACUAGCUGUUCUGGAACAGAGGGAUGGGAAGCUCAAUCAUGGAUCUCUAGGCGCAGUGACAGCUGCUCAGAAGCUGGGAGGAUCGGUCACAGCCUUUGUUGCAGGAGGGAAUAUCAAGGCGGUUGCAGAGGCAGCGUCGAAAGUCUCAGGUGUUGAGAAGGUCGUUUCAGUCGAUAGCGCAGCAUAUGACAAGCAACUACCAGAGAACUUUGCCCCACUACUGGUGGAGAAUAUCAAGAAAGGAGGAUACACACACAUCAUCAUGGGCCACACGGCAUUCGGCAAAAGCUUGAUGCCUCGCAUUGCAGCACUGCUCGACGUACAGCAGAUCUCCGACAUUACAGGCAUCGAGGACGAGAAGACAUUUAUGCGGCCUAUUUACGCUGGGAACGCUAUUGCUACAGUUGAAUCAUCGGACGAUAUCAAGAUCAUCACGGUUAGAGGGACAGCUUUUGCAGCAGCGGCGGCCGAGGGAGGUUCUGCAUCGAUCGAGGAUGGUUUAGACCCAAAAGCUGAGAGCACUACGGAAUGGGUAUCAGAGAAUCUUACCAAGUCCGAUAGACCUGACUUGGCAACCGCCGGAAAGGUUGUUACUGGCGGCCGAGGAUUGAAGUCCAAGGAAGAGUUCGACAGAAUUAUGUUGCCACUUGCGGAUGCACUAGGAGCAGCCGUAGGAGCGUCAAGAGCGGCCGUUGACAGCGGAUAUGCUGACAACAGCUUACAAGUUGGACAGACUGGAAAGGUGAUAGCACCUCAACUGUACCUCUGCGCAGGUAUCUCGGGAGCGAUCCAACAUCUGGCCGGAAUGAAGGAUAGCAAGGUCAUCGCUGCGAUCAACAAGGACGCCGAUGCACCUAUCUUCCAAGUCGCCGAUGUUGGUCUGGUUGGAGACCUGUUCGAUAAAGUGCCAGAGCUUACCGAGAAACUCGGCAAACAGUAG